UCAAUAAUUACUUACAAAAACAAACUAAAAUUUAUUCGUUAUUUACUUUUUAUUAAUGAUAAUUGAAUAGUGAUUCAGUAUAUCUAGUGAAAAUAGUAAGUGAUGUUUGUUCAUAUUACUAAUUUCCUAGUUAAAUUUACGAAAAGAAGCAAAACUCAAGUGAAAGUGGUUAUUUAUUAAGCAAAAAUGAGAGAUGGAAGAAUUUGGUUAUAAUAAGUUGAUUUUUUGGCAAAAUUGAUACGAGUAAUGCCAAUUUUGUUUAAAAUUUGUCGUUUUGGGACAAAAAUAUGAAUUUUCGUAUUGAAAUUUUGUUAUAAACAGUUGAAUAGUGAAAUCUAACCUAAAAAAUAUGAUUUACUAGUAAAAAUAAUUGAGUAUUUUUUCGAAUUGAUCAUUUCCAAUUGAAACUGAUCAAAAAAAUCAAAAUUCAAGUGAAAAUUUCUGGCUAAAACAACGAGAUUGUAUAAUUUAACACAUUAAGGAUCAAAAAAUCUCACAAGUUUAUAAAAAUAAAUAUAAAGAAAGGCCUAAUUAUCAUUGGUACAGUCGGUGUAACUAGUAAAAAUUUUGACCCGGUUUUGAGUUUGCGUUAUAUUGUCUAUUCUUUACCUAUACGAUGCCGUUAGUUUAGCCUAAAAAGAUAGUUGUUUCUUGAUAGCUGCGUCCGCCACUUUCAGUAGAGCUGGUAGAAAAAUUGAAAAAUAUUGAAUAUUUUUUAAGUGCAUUUUUUUUAAGACGAACGUUAUUGAUUCGGCCCAAAGGCUUGGCCCGGCUAAUAUACGGACUAUACAUGGUUUAUAGGGAUCUUACGUGUUUUCUAUUGGUUCACUGAGUCAUAAAAGACAUAAGGACACAUUUUUUUAUUGGAAUUUUCCAAAUGACUGAACAUUUACAUACGCGUCUACAAUUUUUGAGAAAAGGUCAUCCGAUUUUUAAAGUGAUUUUACUAUGAAAUGAAAGCAACAACGAUUUAUAGGUGUGUACAGUGUUUUGUGAAAUGUUGUCGUUUUUUAAAACGCGAACUAUGAAGUUAUUAAAAAGAAUCUGAAAAAAAGCUGCAAGUAUUAUCGAUUUUUUUUUUCAAUAUUUCCGAGUUGUUUUCGAUGUGUUUAUCAAUAAUACAAUCGUAAUUUAUGGUGUAAACUCAAAAAUUCAGUUUGUUUGGAAAACAUAACCAAAAAAAAAUCGUGAAAAUGUUACCUCAACAAUAUUGUUUGCGAUGGAGAUACCAUCAUUCCAAUUUACAAACGAUGUUUUCUCAACUUUUGGAACGUGAAGCAUUCUGUGAUGUUACUUUAGCUUGCGAAGGGAGAACAAUAAAGGCUCACAAGAUUGUUUUGUCAGCUUGUAGCACGUAUUUUGAAACGAUACUAUCUCAAUACGAAGAAAAGGAUCCAAUACUUAUCAUGAAAGAUGUAAAAUAUAUAGAUAUUAAAUGUUUAGUCGAAUUCAUGUACAAAGGAGAAAUUAAUGUUGAACAUUGUCAUCUUGCCACGUUAUUAAAAACAGCCGAAGAACUCAGGAUAAAGGGUUUGGCGGAAGUUUCUUGGAGAGAUGAAGAACAAACCAGUAAUAACGACACUAGUUCGAACGGGGUACAAACAGCAAUACCCCAAGUGCAAACAGUUAUGCCGAAUAGCCCGACUUCGUCCCUUAAACGAAAAAGAGGCCGUCCCCCCAUCGACGAUUACGACCAAACAUUCACAACACCUAAAAUCAUGACAGUAUCAGGUGGAACGACCAAUCAAGACGACGCUUAUUCCAACGAUGCGAUGUCGAGCAGCGAACAUGACUUGAAUAUAUGGGACGAGGAUCAAUCUGCGAACGAGGGAGCAGAUAAUACGGAAACGGAAGAUCCCCCGGUAAAAAUUAAAAAAGAGUCCAACGAUGAAGAUGAAGUAACAAUCGACGAUAGGAGCAAUACUUCGUUUUCGGCAAACGAAUCUAAAGAGAAAUUGAACGUAGGAUCGUUUAAUAAAUCUUCUACGUCGAAUUCUAAUGUUACUACAUCCGGAAAUCAAUCGUUCCUUACACCAGCUCUGGAGAAAGAGUGGCCGGACGUUAUUAAAAUGAACGAUUAUUUGAAUACCGGUAGGAGACAGCAGUUUUGGGAGGAACCGUUCACUAAAAGAGUAAUGGACGCGAUUAAAACGAAAAACUUGGAGAUGAAAGUCGCCGCAGAACUAUUAGGAGUGUCCUACGGUACUUUAUACGGUCGGUACAGGGAUUCGUAUGGGUGUUUGAAACAUCCUUACAGGGUACGCGAUUUUUGGACGGAGCAAGGCCCCACUGACGUUCUAUUGAAAUUGAAGCGUAAAGAAAUUACGCUAUUUAGAGCAGCGGAACAAUUGAAUGUUACGCCACAAACUUUGUCGAAUUAUUUGAUUUCCAUGUCGCAAAUGGACACCAGUGACGCUAAUUCGAGCAGGCAAUCGGUCGCUGGGGAAUCUUAUGAUGAUUCCGAUGACGAAAACGAUUCCGUUCUGCCGGAUGUACCUUCGAAUAAUUCCAACGUUUUUAAAAAUUUGGUAACGACCAGUAAUCCUAGUGGUACGUCGUCAUCAUUGGCAAACUGUCCCGAUAUAACAAUCGUUAAGAAAGAACGAAGCGAAGGAGGUAAAAUCAACAAUAACUCAGAUCAUUCCGAGAGCAACAGCGAUCAAAGUAAAUGAGAACAAGUCUCGUUUACUUAUUAUUAUUGAAAAAAUAAAAAUUCCACUUAUUAGUAUUUUGUAAAGACCAAAGUAAUUUUGUACUGUAUUUAGUUGUUAUAUAAGUAGAGAGUUUUGUAUACAAAACGACGAAAUUUAAAAGAAAAAUGUCGAAAUCAAAAUGAACGAUUUCUAAUGUUGAGUUACGUCGUUUUGAAUCUUCAACUGAAUACGAUUAAAAAGAAAUAUAAAGUAGUGAUAUGGUGAAAAUACCAAAAUAAUUUUUGUAAAGUAAAAAAUUCGCGAAAGGGGGAUCAACUAUAACAUUAUUUUAAUUAUUUUACGAGAUAUCUAAUAUCGAAUAUGGGGGGAUACAAUCCCUUCAAUUAAAUUUUUAAGUUAUUUUUGCUAUUGUGAUUAUUUAUAUUUUUCAAAAUUUUUAUUUACCGUCCUUUUUUUAUUAAAAUCCACCCGUCCACUUUGUUAAUACCGUUAUUUAUUUAUAUAUAUUUCUUUUAUAAAAAAUCAAAUUUUCGAUCGAAACACAGCAGUGGCAAGACUUUUUUAAUAAAAUCCUUUAAUAUUUGAUUCAUUCGGUGACUUUUUUAAACAAGAUUUUUUGUAAAAUUAAUACGAGGGUUGGUCAAUCAAAUAAGAAGUUCAAAAUUUUUUUCAUUUUUUAACGUAAUAUUUUUUGAUAUCUGUACAGUUCGUUCUGAAGGUUCUCUAAUUGGUUUACCUUUUUUUUUUAAAUAACUAUUUUUGAGGUAAUCGUAAUUUCAAUACUUUAAAUUUUGAAAAACCCUGAUUUUAUUUUAUUUUUCUUUUUUGAGUAUUAAAUCCACUUAAUAAGCUAUUAUCUCAUUUCGAGGUUAGUAAAGGUUGAUUAUACCGGGUGCGAUCAGAAAAUAAUCGACUUUAACCUGAUCUAUCGACAUCUGACACCUUAUAGGGAAUUUCGUGUGCCUAGAACGUAAAUAAAAUGUCGUAGCUUGUCAAUAUUUUGACAGGAGGCUUAUAACUGGCGCGGUAUGUAUUGAUUCACCCUCGUAAUUUUAAUACUUUUACGAACCCGGAUUUUAUUUGUUUUACUUUACUGUCCAACAGAUUUUUAUAGUUUAAUAUGUUGAUCCCUUUUUGCGGUAACGUUUUUUUUUUAAAUAAAAUAAAAAAGAAGUAGAUUUACCCAUUGGCAAUGGUAGAGUAGAAUUAGGAACAUAUCACUGGUCCUAGCCGGACAGUCUUCUGCACUGACUUUAAUAUUGCAGUCCUAUUUAUAGUGCUUUACAUAUAAAUUCCGUAUUAAUCAAACUUUGCAUAUUUUUUUGUCGUUUUUUUAUUAAAUAUAUGACAAUAGCAUGUUUGUUUCAAUAUUUGUCGGAGAUUUUCGACGAAAUUUGGAUUAUUUUCGAUAUCAAGUGAAAAAAUUGAUGAUUAAGUUGUGACGUUUGGUUUUUACGGGAUGUUUCUGUAAGUAGAUGAUUAAGGGUGAAAGGGGGUAAUCGAAAGUGAAUGAUAAUGUUGUGAAAACAAAAAAGAAUUUAGAGCAACUUUUUUUAUAUAAUUUUUUCAAGUUUACGUGAUUUUUUAGCCUCAUUUAUAUAUAUAAAAAAGUAUAUUAAGUCCAAAUGGAUGUAUCUUAACUAAGAUUCCGUUAUUUAUUGCUCAAACUAUUAUUUUUUAAUUCUUGUCAGGUAUGGAUUACGAAUUUUUAGCCUCAUAUAAUAAUUUUGAGGCUUUUUGUUAAUAUUACUUCUCUAAUAUUUUUUAUUUAACUUUAUUUUUGGUCCACUGCAACUUGUCUCGCUAGUUUUUUUGGCAUAAAUAUUGAUUUUGAGGCUUAGUUUGCAAAUUUUUAGCCUCUUUCAAUAAUUUUGAGGCUUUUUCUUAAUAAUUCGUCUCUAAUAUCUUAUAAAAUACCAUUUAACUUUAUUUUUGGUCCAUUGCAACUUGUCUCGCUAGUUUUUUUACUAUAAAUAUUGAUUAUGAGGCUUGGUUUGUGUAUUUUUAGCCUCAUUUAAUAACUUUGAGGCUUUUUGUUAAUAUUGCAUCUCUAAUAUUUUAUAAAAUUCCCUAAAACUUUAUUUUUGGUCCUCUGCAACUUGUCUCGGUAGUUUUUUUACUAUAAAUAUUGAUUAUGAGGCUUGGUUUGUGUAUUUUUAGCCUCAUUUAAUAACUUUGAGGCUUUUUGUUAAUAUUGCGUCUCUAAUAUUUUAUAAAAUUCCCUAAAACUUUAUUUUUGGUCCUCUGCAACUUGUCUCGGUAGUUUUUUUGCUAUAAAUAAUGAUUUUGAGGCUAAGUUUAUAAAUUUUUAGCCUCUUUUAAUAACUUUGAGGCUUUUUGUUAAUAUUGCUUCUCUAAUAUUUUUCAUUAAACUUUAUUUUUGUUACUUUGCAACUUUUCUCGGUGGUUUUUUGCUAUAAAUUUUGAUUUUGAGGCUAAAUUUGCAAAUUUUUAGCCUCUUUUUUAAUAAUUUUGAGGCUUUUUCGUAAUAAUUCGUCUCUGAUAUUUUAUAAUAAUCAAUGAAACUUUAUCUUAGGUUCAUUGAACUUUGUCUCUAUUUUUUUUGUUAUAAAUAUUAAUUUUGAGGCUUGGUUUGUGAAUUUUUAGCCUCAAAUGAUAAUUUUGAGGUUAUUUUUAGAUAAAUUUUAUCUUUAUUAUUUAAAUAUGAAAUAUUAUUGGUCAUUUUUUAAUUGUUCUAGUAAUUUUUUACUUUAAAUAUUCAUUUUAAAUACUUUAAAGUGUAGUUUGCAGUUUAUUAGCCUCAAUUAAUAAUUUUCAAGUUUUUUCAACAAAAUUUAUUCAAUAAUAAUUCGGUGAAUAUUACUUUUAGCUUAAUAUGAAAUAUUUUGACUCUUAUUUCAACAGUUUUUACUAAAAAUGAAUAAUUUUAAAUGUUGUAACAUAAAUUUUGCGAAUUAUUAGCCUCAAUUAACAAUUUCAAAUGUUUCUCGAUGAAAUUCAUUCAGUUAUAGGUUGUUCGACAUUAAUUUUGGACUAAUUAGACACGUUUCGACUAAUAUGUCAACAAUUUUUAAUAAAAAUAAACAUUUUUGAAUAUUGUAACAUAAAUUUUGCGAAUUAUUAGCCUCAUUUAACAAUUUCAAAUGUUUCUCAACGAAAUUCAUUCAGUUAUAGGUUGUUCGACAUUAAUUUUGGACUAAUUAGACACGUUUCGACUAAUAUGUCAACAAUUUUUACUAAAAAUGAACAAUUUUUAAUGUUGUAACAUAAAUUUUGCGAAUUAUUAGCCUCAUUUAACAAUUUCAAAUGUUUCUCGAUGAAAUUCAUUCAGUUAUAGGUUGUUCGACAUUAAUUUUGGAGUAGUUAGACACGUUUCGACUAAUAUGUCAACAAUUUUUACUAAAAAUAAACAUUUUUGAAUAUUGUAACAUAAAUUUUGCGAAUUAUUAGCCUCAAUUAACAAUUUCAAAGGUUUCUCGACGAAAUUCAUUCAGUUAUAGAUUAUUUAAUAGUAUUUACAUUCAAACCUGACAUAAAUUGACUUUUAUUUAAAAAAUCUAAGUUAUAAAUAUUAUUUUAAAUACUUUGAGGUUAAGUUUUGCGAAUUUUUAGCCUCUUUCGAAUAAUUUUACUAAAAUACCCCCGCUAAUAUUCCAUUUUACGUUACUUUAGUGUAUUUCAAAAUAUUUUCAACUUUCGCAGUUCGAAUCGAAGACUUAUAUUUAUAUAAAAAAAAAUUUAUCAUCCACUUACGAUUACCAAUUUAUUUUUUUAUAAUUAUUUUAAACAGAAAUCACCCUCUAUAUAAUAACACAAUCUAUUUGCUCCACUCUCAGUAUUUGUAAUAUGUGUGUAUUAUCGUUAUGGGUAUUUUUAUCCCAUAUACCCAUAGAAAGUGUCUGGAAAAAAAAACGAUCCCCCUCUCCCUUAUUUUUUUUCCACGUACGUCGAAUUUAUUUGUAUUUUUUUAACAAAAAUAAAUAGAUUAAUCGAUUCCAAGUGAGAGGAAAAUUACCAUCACACGGUAUAAAUAUAUACCCAGUGAUCGAAUAUUUAGUUGUAUCGAAGCUAGUUGGAAUGCAGGUGGAUUCGACGGGGUUAUUUUGAAAAUCGUUUUUUGCAGACAUGUCCUUUCGGUAGAAUAAUGAUUUUUUUAAAAUAUAAGUAUAUUAUUUAUGUAUACCUUAAUAUUAAAGAAAAAAAAAUAAAAA